AUGAGGGUCACAGACGAUAUUCUGGCGAUGGCGCGACCCAGCACCGCAAGCAUUGCCGCUAGAAAUAUCAUACAGCAAUUUCAUAGCUGGGGCAUCCGCACGGUGAUCAACCUGCAAACUCCAGGCGAACACGCUAGCUGCGGGCCUCCUCUCACCAGUUCCGGCUUCACUUAUGACCCUACAAUAUUCAUGGCCAACGAUAUAUAUUAUUACAACUUCGCAUGGUCAGAUUAUGGAGAAGCGAGUCUCAGCGGAUUAUUGGACAUGGCGAAAGUGGUGUCCUUUGCGUUAGAUGAGGGAAGAGUCGCCAUACAUUGCCAUGCAGGGCUUGGCAGAACUGGAGUGCUCAUAGCGUGCUAUCUGGUGUAUGCUCUGCGAGUCCGAGCCAAUGACGCUAUACGCCUCGUGAGGAAGAAGCGGCCGCGCUCCGUGCAGACUUCUGGUCAAAUUCUGUGUGUGCAGCAGUUCGAGCAUUACAUACUGCCGCAAACGGUUGUAUUUAGUUCUAAGGAGCCACUAACGUUAACAACGCGGGAUCGUAAAUCUGCUGAAUUUACUCUCAAGCAAUAUUUAUUUCGGCAGCGGGCAACACUGCAUGGAUUAGAGGAACGAGUUUUUAGAGAAAUUCCCAAGAAUGAGCUUGAACCCAACGUUCAUAGGUUUGAUUCGCCCCGGGAUCUGCCAAACAAGAAAUGA